AUGUUGGUUGCCUUUUGGAAUGUUAGGGGGAUUAAUAGCCCCCUUAAGCAGUUGAAGGUGAUUAGAAGAUUUGAUGCUUGUGGCGUGGAUGUUUUUUGUGUGAUGGAAUCUCGCAUUAAAAGAGUUAAUUCUGGUAGGUUUUCUAAUGCAUUGACUGGUGACUGGAAUUAUGCUGAGAACUAUGAGUUUGAUGAGGGAGGUAGGCUUUGGAUCUUUUGGAGGAAGCAUUUGUUGUUCAAUGUUUUGAGUUGUUGUGACCAGGCAAUAACUAUCAUUGGGGUUGUUGAUGGGCACAGGACAACCAUUACUGCUGUCUAUGGUAGUAACAAUGGUGUUGUUAGAAGGGGCCUUUGGGAUUAUCUUAGUGUUGUUGAUAGGGACAUUGGUCCUUCCUCCUGGCUGGUGGGUGGGGACUUUAAUAUUAUUGCCAAAGUUGAGGAGAGUUCUGACUGCACCCCUGAUAUGAAGGAUUUCCAGGAGUGUUUGGAGAGCCUUGACCUUAUUGAUAAUCCUUUUCUUGGGCCUUUAUUCACCUGGUCCAACAAGCAGGAUGGCUCUUUCUUAGCCCGCAAGCUUGACAGAAUUUUAGUAAAUGAUCAAUGUAAGCUGAGGAGGCUCAAGCCAUUACUUAAGGAACUUAACAAUGAAUCUUUCUCUGACAUCUCUGGUAGAGUCAAAGCUAAAAGGGCUGAAUUGGAACAUAUCCAAAUUUUUAAUCUGGCUCACACAGCUCAAAGAAGGAUUGAUGAAGAGAGUAGGGUUCACUAUGAACUUGUGAAUUUGGAAAUUGUUGAAGCUGACUUCUAUAAACAGAAAGCUAAAACACACUGGCUUAGAGAGGGGGAUUUGAAUACAAAAUUUUUUAUCAGAAGUAAAGGCUGCUCUGCUAAAAGUCUGAAGAGCUUGAUUAAUGUUUGUUUGCCUGAAGGUGCAGAUAUAUGUCUUACUAAGGAGGUGAGUGAUGUGGAGAUCAAAGAGGUUUUCUUCAGACAAGGGAAUGAUAAGAGCCCAGGUCCUGAUGGCUACACUGCUGGCUUCUUCAAAGCUGCCUGGAGCAUUGUUGGCAGUGAUUUUACUUCUGCUGUGAGAAUUCUUGUUGAUAGACUUACUCCUUAUUUUCCUGGCAUGAUUUCAUGCAAUCAAUCAGCUUUUGUCAAGGGUAGAAACAUAGUUGACAAUACCCUGUUAACUCAGGAAAUAGUGAAGGGUUAUUCUAGGAAGAAUAUUUCUCCUAGAUGUACUGUAAAAAUUGACUUGCAAAAGGCUUUUGAUUCUGUUAAUUGGGAUUUCUUGUUGUCUGUUCUUGAGGCAAUGAGGCUGCCUGAUGUGUUUUAUAAUUGGAUCAAGGCUUGUAUUACUACCCCUAUGUACUCUGUUUGCUUGAAUGGUAGUUUAGUGGGGUAUUUUAAAGGGGCUAGGGGGAUUAGACAAGGGGAUCCUCUAUCCCCUUAUCUUUUUGUUAUUGUAAUGAAUGUCAUGUCCUCCCUGUUGAAUGUUGCUCCCAAGAGAGGAAUUUUUAGAUUCUAUCCUAAGUGCAAGAGAGUCUCUCUCACUCACAUUUGCUUCGCGGAUGAUCUGUUAGUCUUUUGCCAUGGUUCCCUUGAGUCUGUGUUGGGAGUGCAGAGCACUUUAGAGACAGAAUUUUUUGCAUGUGGCUUAAACAUAAACACCCUUGAUCUAAUCCAUCAAGCUACUGGAUUUAAGAUUGCGCAGCUCCCUGUCAGGCAGCUUGUUCUCCCCAAGGGGAUCAUAAAUGAUGUCGAGAGGCUCUGCAUGCGGUUUUUCUGGAAAGGUUGUGAUUCCCCUGCCAGAGGUGCUCGUGUAAGUUGGAGCCAGGUCUGCUCACCUAGGUCUGAGGGGGGUCUGGGUCUAAGAAGUCUUGUUCUUUGGAUUGAGUAUAAAGCCUACUUCAGCUGGAUUUUGAAAAAGCUGUUGAAGCUUCGUGAGGAGGCUAGGAAUUUGUUUAUUCCUUGUGCUAAUUGGAACCUGAUCAAGGGUAAAUGGCUUUGGGACCAGAUUAGAGUCCGUGCAGAGAAAGUUAGUUGGCACAGGAUCAUUUGGUUUCCUGCUCAUAUUCCAAAAUUAUCCCUUAUUGCUUGGAUGGCCACCCUUGAUAGACUGCCUACGAGGGAUAGGCUGGUUCGAUUCGGUUUGGUCUUGGAUAAUGGAUGUGUCCUGUGUGGGUCUGGGAUCGAGUCCCGUGACCAUCUCUUUGCUGAUUGCUCCUUUGCUCAAGAAGUUUGGAAUGUUGUGCAGGUCUCCUGUGGGAUUUGUCCUGCUUUGCUUAAAUGGAAUGAUCGCCUUCAAUGGUUGAUUGUUAACUUGAAGGGUAAAUCUCUCAGGGUAAGGAUUCUAAAGCUCUGCUGGACUGGUUUUUUGUACCACAUUUGGGAGGAACGUAACCACAGAAGCUUCAGGGGUGUUUCUCGUUCUGUUGAUAUGAUUGUAAGUAGUAUUAAAGAUGAUGUUAAAACCAAAUUGUAUAGCUAUAGUAUAUAG